AUGGCAUCUCAAGCUGACGAAUCGAUGGAUGGUGGUCGCGGGCGCCAGCACUAUUCUGACCAGCCUGAUCUAGAGAGAAAAGGGGCGCAGCCUGAAGUUGCUUCGAUUACCAAGACGUUGAAGAGGCUUUUCCGGCAGAUACUCGCGCAGUGUCGCAGAGACUAUGGCUCCGGGGAAAUAACGGCAACAGCAUCUCUGAACGGCGCCAGCCGACUUUCAGAAAAAGAUACCUCGCUCGACAAACGAGCAAGACAAUGCUGCUUUUUGUGCGUGCGCAACCGAGACAAAGUGUUUGCCAUCAUUGUUCCCUGCCUCAGACCGACCAGCUUGUUGCGACAAGCUGUGAAAAACCGCCUUGAAGAUGCGGGCCUGAUGGCUAUUGAGAGCGAUGCUGCGGUCUUCGAGAGAUUGCACCUGGCAUGCUUCAAGUACUACGGUGCAUGGAAGAGGUACCUCCCCUACUACGGAGUUACUAAGGUGGAAGAAAUUCAAUUCCGAGUUGCUGGAAGGGUUGGGAGGGACAGGGCUUUCCCAAUUGUCGCGUCUCUGCUAGACAUUGGAAGAAUUCAAGAAGUGCUAAAUGACAUGAUUCUUGAGAAACGAGAUAACGAUGAUUAUGAUCCGUGCCUUCUUUGCAGCGCCGGCUUCGGCCACAGCCACAGCGUCUUCUGCAGACGUGCAAUGAAGUCGAGGGGGGACUCACUGUGUAUUAUGGAUCUGUCGCCGCUAGCUCACCGUUACAACAAGAAACUCCGCAUGCUCGACCUCCUGACAAAGUGCGGACGCAGGCCAUGGGAGGCCAAUGGCUUGCAACUGGUUGACGGAAUGGCUGGGGGGAAUUUGAUAUACCAACUCAAGUAA